AUAGAAAAAGGCUAAAAAGUCUUUAUAUCUCAUACCCAGAGAGAGAGAGAGCAGCAGAUCUCAAUCCCUUUCUAGUUGCAGAGAUCUUUUUGGUGCUCCCAAUACACAUCAAACCAAUAUAUUAUAGAAAGAGUGAAAAAUAAAACGAAGAGAGGUCUGAGCUGGUCCUUCUCUGUUUAUCUUUCUCAAUAUCUCUGUUAUCAAUUUGUCUCUAUCCAUCUCUUUCUUCAUUUGAUCCCAUGCUCGUCGUCUCCCUCACCUCCAUCAUAUAAUACCACCCUUUUGUCUUCAAUGUUAGCUUCUCAAGAUCCAUCCCAACAAAACCCCUUUUUAUCCCAUCAUGAAUUCACCACUUUUUCUCUAUAAAAAACUAUAGAUACAUAUAUAUAUAUAUAUAUAUAUAUAUAGAUAUAGAUAUAUAUACUGUAUUGUAAAGAGUUGGUGAGAGUGUGUGUGUUUUUCACAUUUGGGUGAGAUGGGUACUGGUUGGAGACGAGCUUUUUGCACGACGGUCCCUAGAGAUCGAGAACAACAAAAACAGCAUCAACAGAGCUCUCAAAACCAGUCUCCGAGUACUCCUAGAAUCUGUGCCAAAUUAGGGUUCUUAUCUGGUGGAAGCAACCCAUCAACACCUCGAUUGCAAUCUCAAUCACAAUCUCAAUCUCAGUCUGUGUCAAGUACUACUCAAUCACAAUCUCAAUCUCAGUCUGUGUCCAGUACUACUCCUACCUUGCGUUGCCGAACCAGUUCUGUUCAAACAUCUUCUGCUGGCGAGAACCUCAUCAGCCCCAACCUCCAUUGCAAAACCACCACCAGCACACCAAAAUCCACCACCAAAAGCCCUAGGACUUUCCUGGGUUCCAACCCAUCCUCGCCCAGAUCUCCAUUUUCAAUCUUCAGAAACAGUCUUCGUCUCACCAAAAAUAACUGUGGAAUAUGCUCGCAGAGCAUGAAGACAGGUCAAAGAAUGGCGAUAUACACAGCGGAAUGUUCUCAUGCCUUUCACUUCCCCUGCAUAGCGGCGCACGUUAGAAAGCAGAGCACUCUGGUGUGUCCAGUCUGCAAAUCCGCAUGGCGAGACGUGCCUUUACUGGCCAUCCACAAGUCUGAACAACCACCUCAAGCACAAGAAGACGAACCCAAAACUACCACCUGUAAUUCACAAGAAGAAAACAAGGAAAAGCCAACACUUGCCAAUAUCAAAAUCAAGGCCUAUGACGACGACGAGCCGUUGCUGUCGCCGACGGCCGGCGGCCGAUUCGUUCCGAUACCGGAGGCGGACGAGAACGAAGAAGCCGAAACCGUGCCCGAGGAGAUCGAAGAGUUUCAGGGCUUCUUUGUGAAUCCGAUCCCUUCCUCAACUUCCAGAGAUGAGUAUUGUUCCAUCAAUGGCGGCAGAGAUUUCCAGAAUGUGGAGGUGAAGGUGAUGCCGGAGGUGGCCGUGGUUUCGGCCGGAAAGACUCACGAGUCAUAUGCGGUGGUUCUGAAACUCAAAGCGCCACCUCCUCCGCCGGCGACCCCGCCCGCGCAUAAUAGCAGCACGGCUCAUUUUCUGGACCCGUCGUGUCGUGCGCCCAUCGACUUAGUCACCGUGCUCGAUGUCAGCGGAAGCAUGAGCGGAGCUAAACUUCAGAUGCUUAAACGAGCCAUGAGAUUAGUCAUCUCAUCACUAGGCUCGUCCGAUCGGCUCUCCAUAGUCGCAUUCUCGGCUUGCCCCAAAAGAUUGUUACCUCUCAAAAGAAUGACUGUACAAGGCCAGCGCGCGGCUCGGCGAAUCAUUGAUCGUCUCGGCUGCAGCCAAGGCACAAGCGUUGGCGAUGCCCUAAGAAAAGCCACCAAAGUCUUGGAAGACCGCCGCGAAAGAAACCCAGUUGCGAGCAUCAUGCUCUUAUCAGACGGGCAGGAUGAGCGGGUUCAAACAAGCCAUCCGAAUCAACGGGGUGAUCGUUCCCACGUGUCAUCCACUCGCUUCGCUCAUAUUGAAAUUCCCGUACACACGUUCGGGUUCGGUCAGAAAGCCAGCUCCAACUACAGCCGCGAGCCGGUUGAGGAUGCAUUUGCUAAAUGUGUUGGCGGAUUAUUGAGUGUGGUGGUGCAAGAUUUUCGUCUACAGCUCGGGAUCGGCUCUGGGUCAGACCCAGCGGAAAUCACCGCCGUCUAUUCGUGUAAUGGACGGCCCACAGUCCUGAGCUCGGGUUCAUUUCGGCUAGGUGACCUAUACGCCGAGGAGGAAAGAGAAUUACUGGUUGAGCUAAGAGUCCCAUCUUCGGCUAUUGGGGGCCAUCAUGUACUGUCCGUUAGAUGUAAUUACAAAGACCCGGCCACCCAAGAGGUGAUCAACGGUAGAGAUCAGAGUUUGCUUGUGCCUUUACCACAGGGCGUUCGAUCAACAUCCCCGAAGAUCGAGCGGUUGAGGAAUCUUUUCAUUACUACACGAGCAAUAGCGGAGGCUCGGCGAUUAAUUGAGCACAAUGAGGUGUCUAGUGCUCAUCGGCUUCUUUCGUCGGCCCGAGCUUUACUGAUGCAGUCGAACUCGAUAACGGCCGACGAGUACGUUCGCGGAUUGGAGGCCGAGUUGGCUGGGCUAGAGUGGCGGCUUCAGUAUCAACAUCAGAUGGAGCAGCAGAUGAUCCAACGGCGGAGAGUGAACGAAAGGGAGAUGGCGUUUGUUGAUGAGAAUGGUGAGCCGUUAACGCCGACUUCGGCUUGGAGAGCGGCUGAGCGACUUGCUAAGAUGGCUAUGAUGAAGAAGUCGCUGAACCGAGUGAGCGACUUGCAUGGAUUUGAAAACGCUCGGUUUUAGUGAGCAAAGUAAUUAAGGACGGGUUUGGAGUUUUCAGAAACUUAAAAAUAGAAAAGAGUAAGAAAAUUCAACUGAUUUGGAUAGUCUUUUGUAAUUCUCAAUAAUAUCCAAUUUUUAGGGUUUUGAAAACAGAAUUUUUUUUUUUUAAAAGAAAAAACCAAACAGUCCUAACUUGUUUCCACAUGAUAAUGUAAAAAGCACUGAGAACCAAAAAAAGGAAAAAAAAAAGAAAGAAAGAGAUUGAAGGUGUGUGAAAACGGGGUGUAUAAUAGCGACAAGGGUACCGGGAGGUCCCGAGCUUUCCGGGGAGAGUGACCCAAAAGAGAGAGCAGAGUAUUUAUAUUGAAGGGUUUAAUCCUCAAAUAUAAUAUGUAAUGAAGUUCUUUAAUCUUAGGUAAAUUUCUAAAUGUUUUAUGAAGUUAUUUUAUC